AUGAUCGCUAGUAGACCAGAAAUUGUCCUUUCGACGUACCUUGUCUUUGUCGGCACCCUCUUUCUGCGUAUGUGGUAGAUGAGAGUUCACCGAUCCUGUUACGUAACUCACUCGUCUCGUUGCGUCUAUGGGCCCUUUCCCUCUCUCUUCUCUCUCUCUCUUGAGCCUCGCUAGCGGCCGUGCAGGGGGGCGUAAUGUACCUUAACCGACCUCUGAAACCCAAUUUUCAUCCUCUGAUUGAUCGGGAGACCUGACAGACAGCGGAGCCGGAGUUAUGAGUUAUAUGUGAAGAAAAUCAAUUAGAGAUGGGGAUAUGUUUGCAGCCUAUAAUCGUCGGGUCCGUAAGAACGAUCUGUGAGCGCCCCUUCACCACUAUAUGGUGAGUGACCGGCCUCAUGAAAAGUUGGUCAAAAUUCUGAAAUGUGUCUUCGAUUCGGAAGGAUUAGUUAGGCGCGGUUGUAACAUGGAUUAUUUUUCGACAAGAUUCUAAAAGAUUUUGGACUCGGCAGGAUGUCAAUUUUUAAGUACACUUCUUUUCAAUCACCUGUAGAAACCAUGCUCGAUAAAAAUGACUACUUGAGUAGCAUGCAUCUUUCGCUCUGAUUUUUGAUGUUCUUACAAAUUAAAAUACUUAAAAGUUGACAUCCUGCCGAGUCCAAAAUCUUAUAGGAUCUUGUCGAAAGAUAAUCCGUGUUACAAACGCGCCUAAGUAAUCCUUCCUAAUCGAAGACACAUUUCAGAAUUUUGACCAAAUUUCAUGAGAUAGGUCAAUUACUGUAUGUAUAGAGAGGCGGUCACCGAUGGUGUUUCGGAACUCACUCGUUUCGUUAUAGCUUGGGACUCUCUCUUUCGAACCCAACCAGCAGCCGCACAGAAGCGCUUAAUAUAGGCAGAAUGGCAUUACCGGCAGAGACAAGGGAGACUGGAAUGACCACUUCUGGCUUGCUCACCGUCGUCAGCCAAUCAUACCCAAUCCCGAAGUGUGGAACACCCGAGGCUCGAACUUGCCACCUGUUAGUUAGAAAUCCACGCCUCUAACCACUGGGCCACGAGCCCGUUGCCCUGUCGGUUUUCGAUCGGAAAUAUACAAUGGUAAGAGGGCGCUCACCGAUCACGCUACGGCAUCUAUUAGUCUGGGUAGAAGACUCCAUCAGAGAGGGAGAGAAAUCGCGGCCUGUAUGUCUCAGCAAGGCGCAAUCGAUUACAGUGCCGAUUGUGAUUAGAGUUCCACAACACCUUUGUUGUUUUUUGUUCUGUGUCACUUAUUGUACGACUGCCGAUGAGUCAUGGUUGCGAUAACAAUGAACAAACCCCAAGUAUGGUCUCGCAGGAUAAAUGUGUCACACUCCAGACCACGAUCAAAGAAGACGCCUACUGUGACCCUCACUGGGGAAAGGUCUCCGGGGGAUAUCACUAAACACGAAGGUCUCCAAAGUCCUCCUUUCAAGGAGACAGCUAGGUUUGUCUUCGAAGUGAAUAGGUAUUAGGGAGAUAUUGAUAAGGUAUCAGUUGGAAAAGUGUACGGGGCCUUUAUCCGUUCGUCAGUUGUGGCGACCCUGACUGAAAAAAAACCUUUCAGGUCGCAGGAAAGGAGGAGGACCACAGUUGUGAGGAGUUCGAGCUCCCUGUCAUAAAAAUGUCGGCUUAAUGAGUUUAAACUUUUCUUCUUAGAAUGCGGGCAAAUCUGAGAAGAUUUCGCCCAGAUUUCGAGGGUUCGGGCCCCCGCCCUGCGAUAAGAAGACUUCUUCACAUGUAUCGGAACAAACAGUCUGCGUGAGACCACCCUCAAAUUCCACUAAUCCUUGUCGUACUUCCAGAUGUGUAAGUACUCCUUCUCACUGCAUUUUUCGAUACUAAUGACUUCCAGGCGAGGCAGUAAUGGCUGGUAAAACAGAAGCCUUUAACUACAAGCGGCGUGCAUGUUUGACUGAAAAGUACCGUUCAAAAAGAUUCAGAGGGAGCUUUUACGUUCAAUUAACACGUUGUUCAUACCUUAAAGGCCGCCGGGGUCAGUCCCCCACUUUUGCUGCUAAUUAACAUACUAAUAAAACAGUCACAGUAGCGUGUGCAUUUGUAAUUUGUGCGCUCGUCUGCCUCUUUUUCAAUAUUACCUUGAAAGACUUUGCCUGUCAGUCUCAGAUCUUCUGAACUACGUUGGGCUGUUGGACUAGACGAACCCAGCAUCCCAAACAAAAUCCAUCUACCUUGGAGAGACGUGCCAAUCAGCCCAGCUCAUUCUGCCCCGUCAGUCGAAGUGGCUACCGGUGAGUGGAAAGGGUCUCAUUUAAGCUUUGCUGCAUUGUAAGUAACGGCUGCGCGGCCGGUGAGAUUUAACUGACAUGAGAAUUUCCCACCAUAAGACAUCCAGUGCGAAUGUCGAUGCAGCAAUGUGAACUUCCCUUUUAGACCUCCUUUACGUUCGCCAUUGUUACUACUACUACUACUACUACUACUACUACUACUACUACUACUACUACUACUACUACUACUACUACUACUACUACUACUACUACUACUACUACUACUACUACUACUACUACUACUACUACUACUACUACUACUACUACUACUACUACCACCAAUGCAGUCCCAUCAGUCAUAUUUGCCCUGUUUCCCUCCUUUCAUCCUGA